AUGAACCAGUUCGUUGGUCAACAACAGGUGGAAGCUGAAGGCGAAGCGUUCCAUACGGGAUCUCCAUUUGGAUGCUCUGUUGUGUGGAACAGAACAAACGGAAGCUGUAAGCAGGAGGGAAAUGAAGAACAGCGUGUAAUUGGCAAUGAGGAAGAACACAGGCGAUCCGAUCUCCAGUAUGGUCCCGAGGAUUCUAUGAAGGAAAAGACGAAAGGCGAGAUGGAAGAUGAUGACUUGAAAACUCCUAAGAGACGGGGGGAGGAGGUAUCUUGGAUACAAAAGGUCUGCUGGCAUCAGCAGAAGAUAUGGCCAUUUCAACGGACGACAAGUGCUUCGGCAGAUGGAGCACGAGCCGUGUUGAUCAUGUUUCUGGUCCUGAUUGUGGCGCUAGCGAUCCAGUUUGGUGUCUGGGUGUUGGUUUUUGCACCAUUCACGGCAUCAUCGGGAUGGAAGAAGCCCGCCGUUGUUGGGUCUGCUAUCAUUGAUCUCAACUACACCACCUAUGAGGGCUUGCGCUUGUCGAACGGGGUCAAUGCGUUUUUGGGCAUGCGGUAUGCCGCUCCGCCGCUGGGGAACUUGCGCUGGCGGGCGCCGGUCGAGCCUGAGAGAGUUACUGGGAGGGUUGUGCCGGCAUCAAAGUUCCCUCCGAUAUGUCUUGGUAUCGGCGCAGGUUAUCCCCAUCCAGGACAGGAUGAAGACUGCCUAUUUGUGAAUGUGUGGAUGCCAGCGAAUGCUACGAGGUCAUCGAAGUUACCGGUCUGGGUGUUUAUUCAAGGAGGCGGAUAUGUCACAAACUCCAACGCCAACUGGGAUGGUGCUGAAGUGGUGGAAAAAUCGAAACACAGCAUCGUCAUGGUCAACUUCAAUUAUCGCGUUGGCCUUUGGGGUUUCCUGGCUAGUGAGCGUGUGAGGGCUGAUGGCGACUUGAACGUCGGGUUGUUGGACCAACGGAUGUUAUUGAAAUGGGUGAGGACGUAUAUCAAUGAGUUUGGUGGUGAUCCUAACCAUGUUGUUAUCCACGGCGCUUCAGCUGGAGCUGGCUCUGUCGCGAUGCAUCUUGUGGCAUAUGGCGGUCGAGAUGAUGCCCUCUUCAUCGGCGGCAUGGCAGAAUCUCUCUUCUUCCCAUCACAGCCCUUUGUUUCAGAACUCGAGUAUCAAUUCGAUCGAUUGGUCAGUCAAACUGGCUGCGCCCACGAGCCCCCAGAUCAUCAAAUGGCAUGCCUCCGUGGCAAAGACGUGGCGAUCUUACAAGCUGCGAAUGUUGCCCAGCCGUUUCCUGGACGUUCGCAACCGCCGAUGCCACUGUUUUACUGGACGCCUUGUGUAGAUGGAGACUUCCUUCAGGACCUUCCUUAUCGGAUGUUUGCAAAGGGUCAGUUCAUCCGCGUGCCCAUGGUGUUUGGCACUUCUACAGAUGAGGGCACUGUCUUCGCCAUUAAUGCAGCCACGAAAGACGAUGUAGCCAUGUUCCUGGCGAACAAUUACCCACGCCUGACACCCAACGACACCGACACCAUUCUUGCCCUCUAUCCCAAGCGUCCCCCUGUACCACGCCACAAUGACUGGUUUCCUACCGCGAGUCAGGCUUAUGGAGAAGCCACUUUUAUUUGUCCCCAGACAAACGUACUCAACUAUUUGCUUUCGUCCUCUUAUAACAAUACAGACGAAGCAGGACUCAAGUUUUUCGCAUACCGCUACAACGUCCGUGACGAUGAAAACAUGGCAUUAGGCCUAGGGGUGCCACAUAUCUUCGAUGCCCCGGCCAUUUUUGGACCGGAUAACGUGGACGGGGGUCGAGUACGUGUGAGCUACCGCACGUACAACGCGGGCGUGGUGCCGUUGAUGAUGUCGUAUUACAUCAGCUUUGUGCGGGCAUUGGAUGUGAAUGUGUAUCGGAUGAAGGGAAGCGCCAGUUGGGAGACUUGGGACUCGACUAAGAGCACGACAGAGGGGGCAAGAUGGGGGAGAAGGCUGGUAUUUGAGAGUCCUGGGAAGGCAAGGAUGGAAGAGGUGCCUCCAGACGAAAGGAAAAGGUGCGAAUAUUGGUUGGGACUAGGUGAAAAAAUGAGGCAGAAGAAGUAA